CAGGUAAGAGAAGCAUCUGGAAUGCUCUGUAAACUUGUUCACCAAGAUUUGUACAAACGAAAAAAGUUCCAUUUCACACGAUUUCACCUUGCAGUAUUAAUCGCAAGCUUCACAAAUUUGAUCAAAUUCCAAAUUAAUAGGGUAUGGAAAGAGGAAGUGGAAAAUGGGGAUCAAUAUCUCGUGGUAUGAUUCCUCUGCUUGCUCUUCAUACAGUUAGCGAGUAUUCCAGAUUAGAUAGGAAACCCCCUAUUACUGCUUCACUUCUUGCUGCUAAUACACUCAUUUACUUGAGGCCCAAAUUUCUUAAUUAUCUUCUCCCAACCACUGAUCAAGUCUGGUUUAAUCCUCACCUUAUCUUUAAGUACAAGGACCUCAAGCGAUUCUUCCUGUCACCAUUCUUCCACAUCAAUGAAUCUCACCUGGUGUACAAUAUGCUUUCACUUUUGUGGAAGGGUAUUCAGUUGGAGACAUCUAUGGGUAGUGCAGAGUUCACAUCAAUGGUUGCAACCUUAGUUUCUAUGUCCCAAGGUGUCACACUGUUGCUUGCAAAAUCACUUCUGAUCUUCUUUGAUUACGAGAGACCCUACUACAAUGAAUACUCGCUUGGGUUUUCUGGUGUCCUCUUUGCCAUGAAAGUUGUGGCCAAUGCACAAUCAGAUGAGUAUACAUAUAUACAUGGACUUAUGGUUCCAACUCGUUAUGCUGCCUGGGCGGAACUUAUUCUCAUACAAAUGUUUGUCCCUGGUGUCUCAUUUCUUGGCCACCUGGGUGGAAUACUAGCUGGCCUUCUGUAUUUGCGAUUAAAAGCAUCAUAUUCAGGUCCGAAUCCAGUUAGACAGUUGAUGAGAGGUUUUAGCUAUGCACUGAACUGGCCUUUAAGAUUAGUGAAGAGCUUACUGCGUAUCCGACCAAGAAUUACUGGGAGAGGAACCACUGGUGGAAGGAAUGCACGAGAUACACUUCAAAUGUGGAGAUGUCAGGCAUGUACGUUUGACAAUUCAGGUAGGUUAAAUGUUUGUGAAAUGUGUGGCACAGGUCGUGCUGACGAUGGACCAUCAUCCCCUGUUCCAACAAGUGAAAUACAUGAUCUAUCUUUGGAGGAAUUACGGCGGAGGAGGAUUGAAAGAUUUGGUAGAUAAUAAGGAAUAUUGGAUCAAGUGUAGAUAGAAGUUUAGCGUGCUUUGAUGUCAUAAUCUCAUUCAUGUAGAUUGUAAAGACUCGAAAAAUGGGAUAAAGGGUAUAUUUUCCUUCACUUUUUUAA